AUGGAGAACCUUCCAAGCGACGUUUUAUCAGACAUAUUCAUCAGAUUAUUGGCCAAACAGCUUGCUCAAAUGAGGUCUGUAUGUAAAUCUUGGAAUGCUCUGUUAUCUCAAUCCUCUUUUAUAAAAUCCCACCUCCAUCGUUCUGUCCAUAACAAUCAUGAAUUUCUCUUGUUCUAUGAGAAGUGUGAAGCAUUACACUUAGACUCUGAACCAUUUACAGCACACCCAUCUACAUCUCCCCAUGUGGAACUCACUGAUUUUAUCAAACUCCCAGCUACUCUCCAAUCUAGAGGCGCCAAUGUCAUUGGGUCCGUUAAUGGCUUAAUCUGUUUGUAUUACGGAUUAUGUAAUCGUUUCGUUGUUCACAUUUGGAACCCUUCCAUAUCUGUUGUGUCAACUCUCCCCCGAUAUUCUAUGCCUUCCAUUUGUGAUGAUCCGAUUCGUAUCCUUUUCCGGUUUGGUUUUGAUCCCAAAACUGACGACUACAAAGUUGUUAAGCUUGCUAACUUUCUUCAACCACCCAGCUUCAUGGACCCGAUAGUGGUAGCCAUACUAGGUACUAAUUUUUUUCUAGUUAAAGAGUGGCUGCAAGUUGAAGUUUAUAGCAUGAGAAAGGGUUCAUGGAAGGUAAUCACAGAAAGGUUUCCAUCUCAAGUCACUGGGAUUACAAGAACAAAUGAAGUUUGUGUAGAUGGACAUGAUGGGCAUAUUCAUUGGUUUUGUUCUGUUGAUGAGGGCAAAGAACAAGCUCUAGUGGCAUUUGAUUUGGGUUUUGAGACAUUCUGUGAGAUUCCUGUUUCAGCUUGUAUAAACGCUUUAAUGCUUUAG